UGCCUUAGAAAUAAACCCAUCAACAAACACAAACAGCCUCCUUUGCAAAUAAAUACACAUUCUUUCAUUUCAUAAUAUACAUCAAUGGCUGCCUCUUCAAUGGCCUUGUCUUCCCCCACUUUCGCCGGACAGGCAGUCAAAUCCACCCCUGAAUUCACCACCACCGGCAGGUUCUCAAUGAGGAAGACCGCCGCCAAGCCCAAACCUGCAUCGUCGGGCAGCCCAUGGUACGGCCCCGACCGUGUCAAAUAUUUGGGCCCAUUCUCCGGUGAGGCCCCCAGCUACUUGACCGGCGAAUUCCCCGGUGACUACGGUUGGGACACCGCUGGGCUUUCGGCUGACCCUGAAACGUUCUCCAAGAACCGUGAGCUUGAAGUGAUCCACUCCAGGUGGGCCAUGCUAGGUGCUCUUGGAUGUGUCUUCCCCGAGCUAUUGGCUCGCAACGGUGUUAAAUUCGGUGAGGCGGUUUGGUUCAAGGCCGGAUCACAAAUCUUCAGCGAAGGUGGGCUCGAUUAUUUGGGCAACCCAAGCUUGGUCCAUGCUCAGAGCAUCUUGGCCAUUUGGGGAGUCCAGGUUGUAUUAAUGGGAGCUAUCGAAGGCUAUAGAAUUGCCGGUGGGCCCCUCGGUGAAGUUGUCGACCCACUUUACCCCGGUGGUAGCUUCGACCCAUUGGGUCUUGCUGAGGAUCCGGAAGCUUUUGCGGAGCUCAAGGUUAAGGAGCUAAAGAAUGGAAGACUUGCAAUGUUCUCGAUGUUCGGAUUCUUUGUUCAAGCUAUCGUCACCGGAAAAGGACCAUUGGAGAACCUUGCUGACCACCUAGCUGACCCGGUUAACAACAAUGCAUGGGCCUUUGCCACUAACUUCGUACCCGGAAAGUGAAAUUGACAUAGGUAAUGAUGAAUUCGGAUUGAUUAAUUAAGGAUGAUGUAUGUAAAGUAGUGUGAAUUAUUGGAAUAAUUAAUAUAAUGUGGUUUUAUGUGCUUCAACGA